UUACAGCUCUGCUAUAUAACUUCGAAGCGGGAAGGCGAGAGACGGGAAGAGAGAGAGAGAGAGAUAUGAAGAAGAAGGCGGGAGGAAGUGACGAAGAGGGCGGAUCGGGAUCGGCGAGGCGGGCGAAGGGCUCGGAGACACAGGUGGAUGUGUUGCCGAAGGAGGUCGUGUUGCAGAUGGUGAAGGAUAUGCUCGCUCGUCUGUCCGACGAGCUGGGGGACAAAGAGGAGGUCGUGGUGGAGGACGAUGUGCUCCUCGCAUUCACCGAGAGCACUUGUGCCUUCAUCGACCAUCUAUGCGCCAGGGCAAGGGAUCUUUGCAAGCAAAGUGGGAAGAAGACGGUGGAUGCUGAUCACGUUCUCGACGCCCUCAAGGAUAUCAACUUCCCCCAAUUCGUUCGAGACCUUGAAGCCGCUCUGGAGGCGUUUAAAGAAGAAAAUGCAGGAGAGACGUCUGAAGAGAUAGCAACAUCAGAUGAGUGCCAGAAACAAGAAGACGAGCAGAGCAGCGAGGACAGCUAAGAUGCUAGUGAGGAAAGUAGCGAGGGAAACAGUUGCCUCUGAGGAAUAGAGUUCCAUCUGUUCUUUUGUGUACAGUGCUGUUUUGACUGAUGUGAGAAUGAGGCUUUUAGUAAGUCUUCUUGAAAUGUACGACACUCUUUCAUACCAAAGCAUGCCGAGUACAAAGCCCCAACGAGCGCCAUAAAGUAUCGCCUUCGGUAUUUCGUGAGUUCUCAAGAGUCUCUGUGCGUCAAUGCAACUCAUGCACGUGGCUGAUGCGAGCUAAAAGAGAACUGAAAAUACCAAAUAGUAUCCAACGUGGAUUCCGUAAUGUAAAGCUUUAAGAACCACAAAAGAAAAUACUUGAAUCAUCACAAAAAUCUGAAUAUCCAAAUUUAAAAAGGUACUGCUGUGUUUUCACAAAAUAAACUCCAACGUUUCCUAAAGAAAGGAUGAAUUCAGCAAUGCCCCCACGCCAAGGAAGCUAUCCUGUG